AGGACUUAGGCGCAGCGGUCUUGUUUCGCGACAAUAUCCGCAUCGCGAAAACUCUGCGUCUUGCCGAUGAGUUUUCAUUGCGAGGAAAGCGACCGCUGAAAAUUCAAUAGCGAUUGUUAUCGGUUCUUCUCAAAAUAUUCCUGUAUCAACAUGACUAAAAUUUCAACCGCGUUCCUAAAACAGUUAUGGUUGACUUUCGGAGCAUCAUUGGCGUUUCUCAUCAUUGGUUUGGUGCGGGGGUAUUCAGCCUCUGCCAUUCCAUCUAUAGAGGCGAAUGAUCCAGAGCUCAUACAGCACAGUGAGCAAAAGUCAUGGAUAGGUGCAAUCCCACCAUUAGGAGCGUUUCUAGGUAGCAUGUGUUCUGGACCUCUAAUGCAGCGUGCUGGAAGACGUCGUACUUUACAACUCGCUGCGCCAUUAUGGGCUGCUGGCUGGCUGAUACUGGGCUUCGCGCCUAACUUCCCUAUCGUUCUCUUGGGAAGGAUUAUUUCGGGACUGUGUGUUGGAUUCGUGUUGGCUCCUGCUCAAGUUUAUGUGAGUGAGUGUUGUGACCCAGAGAUCCGUGGGCGGCUUGGGUCCUUACCAACAUUAUCUAUGUCUAUGGGCAUACUUAUAUCUUAUGUUGCCGGGAAUUGGCUAUAUUGGAGAUCUUUAGCGUUCCUUUCGGCUACUUUUUGUGCUGCCCUUUUCGUAAUACUAAUCCCGCUACCAGAAUCUCCAGUGUGGCUCAAAACUCAGGGAUUAGAUGAGGAGCAUGCUAUAAAAUGGCUGCAUUUAUCGAAACACGCAGUUGCGGUUGUUAAAGAUGAUACUGAAGAGAAACCAGUAGAAACGGUACCAAAGAGUCUAUUCACACGGGAAGUAUUCUUUUCGUCAGUUGUGAUAAAGCCACUGAUCGUUGGUUUUGCAUUAUUAUUCUUCCAACAGUUCAGUGGUAUUGAUGCUGUUAUAUUCUUCACUGUUGAGAUCUUUCAGAAUGCUGGAAGCAAACUAAACGCAAUGACAGCCACCAUAAUAGUGGGUGCAGUACAACUAUUCAGCAACGGUAUAAGCACAAUGCUGGUAGAUAGAGCCGGCAGAAGGCCGCUCUUGUUGCUCUCCGCCGUCACCAUGUGCUUCUCUAUGGUGUCUUUGGGAGUCGCGUUCUACUUCGAGUUGGAGCACGAGUCGUGGCUCGGGUAUCUACCAAUAGUGAGUCUCGUAGUGUUCAUGCUGGGAUUCUCGCUCGGUUUCGGCGGGUUACCGUUCUUACUACUGGGCGAAUUGUUCCCAACACACUAUCGGUCGCAGUUAUCAGCUAUGGCGAGUGCUGUGAACUUGCUGUCUAUGUUCACUGUUAUCAAGUCGUACCAUGCUUUGGAGCACGUGUUAACAUCAGCUGGAACAUUCUGGAUGUACGCAAGUUUCUGCGCAGUUUCCUUCUUUUUCGUUCUAUUCGCGGUUCCAGAAACGAAAGGCAAAUCUUUGGCUGAAAUAGAACAACACUUUAGAGGUAAGAAGAAUAAGGACAUUGACUUGCAAAAUGUACAAACUAAAUUUUAGAAAAAUUGUAGUUAGGUAAUGAUUGUUUCUAGUGAGUAUUGCAGUUAAUAAGUAGUUUUUGUUUGUGAAAGUAGAAAGGGUGACAUUUAAAACGUGAUUUAUUAUUUCUCACUCUGGAAACUUUAGGUGUGUUAUGAUUGAAAAAGUAUUUGGUACUAGUUUAAAAUUAAAAGUUAUUAAUAAGUAAACAAUAAAUGCGAUAGAAGAUAAUGAAACAAAUCGCUAUUUCGAUAUAUGUAUUGAAAAUUUGUUAAAAUUAAGUCUAGUCUAGUUCUAUUAUAAGAUUGUUGUAGUUUUCCUAUUCUUAGCAUAUAGAGAUGAUACCUAUAUUCGUUUUUAAUAAUUUAUGCUUAUGUAUGGAGUAUGUACAAGGAAUAACAAGCCAUAUCUUUCUUUAAUUUAAACUCAUAAAAUAUAUUUUACUUGAAAUUAACUGCGAUGAUGUAUGUAAUAUGUAAUUAUCUGCUAAGCUAUUUUGGUGAAAUGGCAAAAGUCAUACAAUAUUGAUUGGAGACAUUGGAGGGUACUAGGUGUUACUGACGUGUAAUUAAAUAUUUUAAACAAUAAUUUGUAUGUAGAUUAUAGGUUCAUGUUAUUAGCUACCUUAUAAAUAUAUGAGCAAAAAAAUUACUAUCUAUUACUGCUCCGCUCUUAUUAGUAGUAGCAUCAUUUUUAUGUCUAAUGUAGCCUUUUUCGAUAGAAUCUAUCCCAAACAAAAAUAUUUUUCCAAUUCGUACUUCCUUAAAUAACCACAUAAUCCGACAUAAUAUCUUCAGCUUUAUAAUACUAGUAAAGCUAACCAUACUAAUAAAAGUAUAAAUUAAUCAUAUCUAUUGAGUUUUUCAUAACUUUCCCACACAUAAUCUAAUAUACAAUGUAUAAAGGCGAAAUUUUGUAUGGAUGUAUGGAUGUUUGUUACUCUUUCACGUAAAAACUAAUGAACCGAUUACAAUGUAAUUUAGCACACAUAUAGAGGGUAACUUGGAUUAACACAUAGGAUAGUUUUUAUCCCGGAAAUCCCACGGAAACGGGAACUAUGCGGGUUUUCCUUUGCAAACGCGGGCGAAGCCGCGGGCGGAAAUCUAGUAAUUCCAUAUCACACGCUCUCAAGCCUUCAAGAGUGCUUAAGCAAAAGGACGAAUGUCAAAAAAUUUAGCACCAAUUUAGCAUUACUAAAAAUAGCGACACUUUUGCCACUCACCCGAAUAGCUUUGCCGCAUAAAAUUUCAUAUUACCUAUUGUGAAACUCGAAUUUAUAGGUACCUAAUUUUUCCUCUUUUGGCAUUAUACUUUUAGAAAUUAAUGACUUAAAUGAUUUCAAUCAUAAUAAUGAUAAAUCGUGAUAAAAAUUGUUUGGAUUGCAAAAUAUGUAUAAAAAAUUUACACUAUUAAGUAUGUAAUGAAAUUAUGUGUAAAAUGUUAUUGGUAUUCCCAAUAUCCGUUAAUCAUUUAGUAUUGUUAUGACAUUCAAUUUGAAAUUUUAUUGUAAUAAGCUCUUUUGAGUAGAAUUAUUUAAUAUAUGGGGCAUUUCACGCGAAGCGGACACAGAUUUCAGAGUCAGGUUUCAGAUUUCGGUUAUAUUUUAAUAUGUUACACCUGUAUAAUAUAUCCUCGGUAUGCACACGAAAUUUUUUUGCAUUUAGAAUCUUAGUUUUCAAAAUACAGGUCUUUGAAGAUGUCAGUAAGCGCGAGGUAUGGGGGACUGAAUGUAAUUAUCUGUUCAAAAAAAGUUAUUUUUAAAUAAAUUGAUGACUGAAUAAUAUACCCCAUUAUACUAUAAACUUUUUAUCCUCAUAUUUCGAAUUUAUAUUUAUAUUCCUUAGAAAAAUAAAAAAUAUUUUUCUUUGUAAUUUUUUACAAACUUUGCGUAUUUUUAAUUUUUUUAAGAUCAUUAAAUAAAUGGCUUAUAUUAUGCUUUAAACUUCAUGCAAAGUUGUAGAGUGGUCAUCGCAGUAGUUAAGAAGCUACAUGUAUUAUAAUGGUGAAGUGCGGCAAUAUCCCAAAAAUUGUGAAUAUUAGGAGUGACCUGUGAUAAAUAUAAUUAUUGUUAAUAUAGUCUGUAUGCAUUGAAAAAUAUUUUCGUACAAAGUCAAAAUUUAUUGUAAAAUGUGAUUUGUUUGGAAAUUUAAAAGAAUGAUUUUGUGUUUCAACCGAAUACUCAAAGGAUACUUAAUAUAGUAGCGUAUAGAAGCUAUAAAAUAUCUAUUUGAAUUUUUAAGAAUUGUUUGAGUAUUCAGUGAAAAUAAUUCUAAAAUAAUAAAAAAAAACUAUAUUAAACACUCGAAUUUUACAAAUGUUGUGAAUAUUUAUUUAUAAAUAAGGGGCCAAGUUAUAAGAUUAAGAUUAUUAUUAUAGUGUACGUACUUGUAUAAUUAUCAAGAGUUUUACUCGGCUGUGUAAAAAAGUAUUGUGAUGAUAACUUUGAAAGUUAUGA